AUCUGUUUUUUUUUUUCCCCUGAAAUUUACAGGCUAGAAGGAAAAUGAUGAAAAUGUUACCUUUUUUCCAAAGUCCUUUUGGAAUACGCAGUGGAUCAGAGGGUUGCAUUGAUGCAAACAGGCCAUUUGAAAACACUUCACCAUCAGCUGAGCAAGUCCCUGCCUGUCCUGAACCUUCUGCAGAUGAGAUCUGGUCCAGGGACCAGGAGAAGAUGAGAGAAAGGCCAGAGGCAGCCUGCAGAGCUUCACGUGCCUCUUCCAUCACGAGCAAUGAGAGCUGCAUCUCUGCCGGGGACAGCCCUGAGAAGGGGAACAAAGGAAUAAAGGGAAUGCUUAAAAGUGCAUUUAAAAUAGUCAAAAAGACCAAGCCACCCAGUGUCAAACAAGUCAUGGAUCUCCUUGGAGAGCAGAAGCUUUGUGAUGCCAUUCAACAUCUGUUUGCCCUGGAGAAGAGCCUCUCUACCAAAAGUGAGGAGGGACUGAACACCAGUCAGCAAGACAUCGAGUCUGUCUAUGAAGUUCUGAAGCACAAAGUCUUCAGCACCUUGAAGGAUUCUGUGCUGCUUGCAAAAACAAACCCAGACCUGCUACAGCAGGCAGUGGAGGCUCUGAAAGAACAGGAGAAAGAAGAUCAGAACUACAUGUCAGAGAAUCCACCUGACCAAAAUAUGCAAUUUAGACCUAGAAAAUGGAAAGAGCUCUGGAUGGCUACAGUAAAGGAGUCAGUAGAGGCUCGAAUGAAAGACACAAGCCGUACUCCUAGAGCUGAGAACCUCUCUGCAGUUGGCCAGAACCUCCUGCACAUGGGAAAGACAAUGAAAGAAGAUUUGACAGUGGUUGCCAAGUAUAUUAAUAAGCUUUAUCCUCCCGAGUUUAAUGUGUUCAGCAUAUAUGCAGAACUCUACCACAAUUAUUUUGCCUCCCAGGCAAAGAAAAAUGCUGAGUCUCAUCUGGAAGACAAGGAUAUUUAUCUUCUUCUCUCAUGGGUGCACAACUUUUAUCCAAAAGACAUGAGAAAAGAUCAUGCUUUAGCCAUGGAGUUGGAUAAAGUUAAGCUUGGAAGCCUUUUGCCUUCAAGUCUGAGCAAAGAGCUUGAAAAUAAAUACCUUGACAGUGAAGAGGUUACUGUCAAAAAUUCACUGAGCAGAUGUUUAGAUAAAGAAAUCCAAAGAUGGAAAGAAGACAAGGAACCAGAGAAGCUAAAUGGACAUUUUCAGAGUGAACUGCUAGGAAUAUUUGUUAUUCAGAGUAUGUACAGCAGCCAGAAGCGGGCUGAGGACAUCAGCAAGGCCGUGGGUGAGGAGCUGUCCCGCCGGCUGCUGAAGGAGCUGCCAGCCUUCCUGAGGAGCUACAGGGAGGCCUUUGAAGACUUCAAGGAGAAAAGCAAGAAGCACACAUACUACAAGCCUAUACUGAUUGCAAAUAUUAACAACUGCUGGAAUUUUAGAGACUACACGGAGAAAUACGUGGCAGAAAAGGAGGACAGUAGAGCUGAUAUCCUCAGCACUCUCGCUGAUAUUGAAAACAGUGGAUUUGAUGUGCUGCUUCAACAGCUCUUUGCCCAGCUGAAGCCAAUGUACAAGAAGUUUACAGAGAAUAAGUGGGAUUCCAGCAGUGAAAUUAUGAAUGAGAUCAUUAAAACCACCAGCAAACAUAUUUCAGACUUCAAGACCUUAAAGGACCCGUUUUACCAUGCUAUUGUUGAGAAGAUCCACGCCCGUUUGGUUAAAGAGUACAUUGUGAGGCUGCUGAAGAGGAAGGUCAGCCUGAAAUCUCCAGCACAGCAGCAAACUCUGGCCCAACACAUCUCCAAGAAUGCUGCUGACCUGGAAGCCUUCUGCACCAGCAAUGGAUCUCAAGCCACCUGGCUGAAUUCAGCACUCCCCAAACUGGCUGAAAUAAUCCGACUUCAGGAUUUGGGUGCUAUUAAAAUUGAAGUUGCAACACUCGCCACAACGUACCCAGACAUCCGCAAAAGGCACCUGGAAGCGUUCCUGCACAUCAAAGCCAAUCUGUCACGCAGUGAACUCAAGAGCAUCCUGGGCUACUUGGCAGACAGCACAGCAUCCACACAGGCCAGGGCCCCACUCUUCUCCAGCAUCAACGUGUCCUAGACCAAGGCCUGCCUUGGCACUGCCCUGUGCUGGACUGUGGGGUGAGCUGGGGAUGGAGACCAUCUCCUGGAGCAAUGCAUGGCACACACUGCCACAUUUCCUAUGGAAAGUGCUUUGUCCAGUCUGGUGCUCAGCAUCUCUGUGGGAAUCAUUGUGCUCCAUGUGUUGCUGGGCACAGGGAGGUGCAGUGCCCACAAAGAUUGGGGCUUCUCCUCCCACCAGCCAUGGAUUCCCUCUGAGGUCUCCUUGUGCCACUACAUUCUCUGCCUGGACACUGCCCUGGCGCUCUGAACUCCAUCUACCUCUCAGGGUGCCACGAAGGCCACAUCACAGACCAAGCAGGCGCCACCUAUGUAGCUUUUUAUCUUCUAAGGGAAUUAAGGGAAAAAAAACUGAAACCAACAUUUAGAGAUGUGUAGCAUCCCAUGAACUCUCGAGAUGUUGGGAAAGUCCCAUGUGAGCAUGCUUGCAAUCCAUCUGCCUUCCUCAGAGCCAGGCAGGGCACUGUGUAAGGCUGGUGGGAGAGGCACCAGGUUCCUGGGGAGGAGGAGCUGCAGCCCAGCUGUGGCAGGGCUCCUGCCAGCCUCCCUGGAGCAGCUGCAGGCUCUGACCCAGGGCAGCAGCACUGCCCAGGGCCUUGGGGUUUCCAGUGGGGAACUGGCCCUGGAGAGUGUGUGCUUCCUCCACCUCUGUGAGGUGAGAGAUGCUGGGCCCCUGGCAGUGACCCCAUCCAGUGCAUCUGCACAGAGGGACCCCUCAAACAGAGGCUGGGAGCAAGCUGCCUAUUGAAAUGGAUUGUCUGGGUUAAGCAGCAGCUGGUAAAACACUUUGGGUAUUACUGAAGUCCUCCUUACCAAGGAGAGGACUUCCAGACCCCAUUAACAAUGCAGGCUUUGAAUGUGGGACUGGUCUCAAAUGUCAUCAAUACAUACUGAGCACCCUGUAUGUGUCACCAUUCUCUUGCUCACUCUUUCCCCUUGUGCUGUGAGGUAGAUACGAUGUGAAAAUACAAAUGGGUCUCUUGUGAAAUUGUGUUUUGUUUCUUACAGCACAGUUUUUUUAGGAACUUAAUCACUUGCCAAAACAGCACUGUGUAUAUUUGGAGACCUUUCCCUUCUGUUCUCCUGUUUCAGCUUUAGCAUCAGCCUGUGGAAAGUCCAGAAGGAAGAUGCCUGAUGACUGUGCAAACUACAUAAUGUAUUUAUAUGUAUAUGCAAUAUACCACCAGUGUAUUUUUGCAUCCAAUUUUAUUUUUUCUCAGUUAGAGAUACUAAUUUGCAAUGUUUAUAAUAAACAGUAUUCAAAUAUGCUAGAAAAGUGACAGUUUACUGUGUUGCCACUGCUAUGUUGUCCUUCAAAGGGCCAUUUCUCCCAGCCUGCUCUGGUGAAUAUCACCCACUGGUUCCAAGUAGGGGGUGUUUCUGGACUACAGACAGGCUGGAAAAGCAUUGCUGCUGCCCCAGUAAGACAUUUACUGAACAGGGUGGCUGCUCACUAGCAGUGGCCAGUGGCACAUGUUCAGAUGAGACUUCUGCCAACAGGUCCUGCAGCAAAAUGGUGCCCUGAGUGAAAAAAACAGUGCUUUGAUUUUAGCCUGCAGCCUGUCCACAGGCAGCACAAAUCACCCUCUCCUUCCUUAAGCACACUCACAAAAAACUCACAUAGACACAUGGGUUAAAAAAUUAUUAUUUAAACACUUGUCUCAGCUACAGUUUAAAGGCA